CCGUGGAGGUGGGCCGGGCGCGGCGGAGGCCAGGAAUGGAGGCCGCCAGGGGUUAGGGGAGCAUAGGGGAUGCAGGAGGGGAGGACGGCGAGGGGCGCGGCCUGGCCGGGAAUCGGCAGCGCGCAGGAGGCCUGGAACUCCGCGCCCGCCCUGAAGACCGCGCCCGGCUCUGCGGUGCGGGGCCCGGAGCGUUGACCCGCCGCGCCCAGGCGCACGCGGCCUCUGCAAGCCCGCGGCUGCGGCGCCUCCACCAUGUCGGUGACCGACCAGGCCUUUGUCACACUGGCCACCAAUGACAUCUACUGCCAAGGGGCCCUGGUGCUGGGACUGUCCUUGAGGAACCACGGGACCACGAGGAAGCUGGUGGUGUUGAUCACUCCACAGGUGUCCAGCCUGCUCAGGGAUGUCCUCUCUCGGGUGUUCGACGAGGUCGUCGAAGUCAAUCUGAUGGACAGUGAAGACUAUAUCCAUCUGGCCUUUCUGAAGAGACCAGAGCUGGGGGUCACCCUGACCAAGCUCCACUGCUGGACCCUCACUCAGUACAGCAAAUGUGUUUUCUUGGAUGCAGAUACUCUGGUGCUGUCCGGCAUCGACGAGCUGUUCCACAGGGAGGAGCUCUCGGCGGCCCCCGACCCGGGCUGGCCCGACUGCUUCAACAGCGGGGUCUUUGUCUUCAGGCCCUCUCUGGACACGCACCGCCGGCUGCUGCUGCACGCCACCGCGCACGGCAGCUUCGACGGGGCGGAUCAAGGCUUGCUGAACAGUUUCUUCAGGGACUGGUCCACGGCAGACAUCCACAAGCACUUACCUUUCGUCUAUAACCUGAGCAGCAACACGGCUUACACCUACAGCCCAGCCUUCAAACAAUUCGGCUCCAGGGCGAAGGUGGUGCACUUCCUGGGGCCCGCCAAGCCCUGGCACUACACCUACAACCCGCAGACCGGCUCCGUCGGGGAGCCGCGGCACCAAGUGUCCUUCCUCGACCUGUGGUGGAGGCUGUUCGAGGCCAGCGCACUGCCUCUGUACCAGUCCGCUGGCGCGCAGGAGCGGCAGGCGGCUCCGGGGCUCGGCGUUUGCUCGGGUGACCUCCAGGUGCCGUGUGCCAAUCCGGCCCCCAGUGCUGGAGAGCCGUGUGCAGAUUCAGUCGACCAUGCUGAGGCGCCGGGUGCAAAUUCAGCACCAGGAUCCGACCGCCUUUGGUCUGCUCCGGAGAACACCCCGGCGGUGGCUGAGGCCCCGCACGCCCCCGAAGGAUGCCGAGAUAUGGUAAGUGGCUCUGACAUCCAAACUCCAGCCGGGAUCCCAUCUGAGGCACGGCCACCGUCGUCCCUUCCUUCUCCAGACCUCACUGAGACCCAAAGCGCCCGGCAGCCAGCGAGUAAAGUCCAAAGCGGCCCAGCCGAGGAAUCUCUGGAAGCAACCCAGGAGCCCCCCGUAGAGCGCUGCAGACACCCCGGGCCUCAGGAAACUUGGGAAACCUUGGAGGUCGACCUGGCCGACUCGGUCUCCCAGAUGUCAAUCAAGGAGAAGCUGAGGGAGCCGAGCCCCGAGGAGCAGCGGAAGAAGUGGGAGGAAGGCCGCAUCGACUACCUGGGGACGGACGCCUUCGCGCGCAUCCAGGAGAAGCUGGACCGCUUUCUGCAGUGACCCCCCUUGCGCCCUUCCCUCCGCGAGGGUCUGGCGGGCGCUGCGCCCCGGGCCCUGCUCCACGGGCACCUCUGGCCCCUUCCCAGGGAAACCCUGUGCCUCUCUGCAUGAUGAGCCCCCUGCGGUGCCGCCCGGGAGUUAGGGAGACGUGCCCCGUCCAGCUCCAGGCCCCGCUGGCCGCCCCCGCAAGCUUCCGCUGCCUCUGCAGCUGUCCCGAGCGGCCAGUGCUUCCUUGAAGCUCGUCAGCCGAAGUGAACAAGCCUACGCCCCUAGUGGACCCCUGACCUGGGUCUCGCCGAAGGGGCUCCCCAGUGCUGCCGGGCCCAGGUGCUCCCCGUCCCUCUUCCUGGGGUGAACCUCAUGCACCGCGUGAUUAUGCGAGUCGGUGCGUCUUGAUUAUGUGACUGUCCUGAUAACCUGAGAACGCGUGUCCAGUACCUCUGCGCCCGCUGCAGCAGAAAGCCGGUCGCUGUAGGGCUUCCUGAAGGUUCCAACACCUGGAAAGACUCGCUUAGACCUGGCGAAACCACCCAUCUGAGAAAGACCGUGGCCCUUCCCCGGUCUCUGCUUUCCGUCCUGACUGGGCUUCAAGGUCCCGUGGACAGAAAGGCUCUGGGACCUGCCCGGGUAUCUGGACGGAGGAUGGGAGAGGCUCGAAUCGGAUGUAUCUGCUGCCUCGGAGGAAUCAGGGGUCUCCCUCCGAUGCUAGCCGCUUGGUCUGCCCCUGAGGGAUGCAGAUGCUGGAUGCUGUCCGCUCAGGGUGUGGUCAGCCACCCGCUGCGACCGUCCCCGCUCCGUCCUGCAUUCCUACCUCAGCACUAAGUACCUUACAGGUCACUGUGCUAUUCGAAGCCAUCUCAACUGCGGGGUUCCCUCGGGAGCCCCCUCAGUAUUAGCAGGCUGGACACUUGCUUCCAACUCCAAACCUCAAUUGCAGACCUGUCCUUAUUCCUGACACCAUAUGCAAUCGGCUCCCUGUAUCGCUGGGUGGCCGUGAGAGGGGAUUGGGUUAUGGGGGAUUCCUCUCCACCGCAGAUGGGCGUGGGGUCUCCUGGACAUUGGGUGGGUCCUGGUCUCAUGCACGUUCUGUGGGAAAUGCAGAGGGUGUGUUGGGUGCAAUGGAGUUUUGAUUUACGGUCUGUCUGGUCCCUCUGGCUCAAAGCAGGUGGACGCUUUAGGAAGAGCAAGCCGGGGGAGCUCAUGGUGGCACCUGCUGGUGGUGGUUGUGGGAGGAUUGUCCCCGGGGGCGUCCUGGUGGCUCAGGAGCCGCCAUCUUGGUUGAUGCUGUUCCCAUGACGAUUCAGGAUUCCCUUGAGCGGCCAUCGGGAUGUAGCCUCGGGACGGCUGGCCUGGGUGGUGGUCCACGGUCACGGUGGACCCGUGAUUCUAUCCUGGCAAAAGAGGGUUGGUGCUUCCUGCGAUGGCGUCAGGCUAUGACAAAUGGAAGCCUCAGUCUAGCCAACCAGAUGGGGUGUUUCAGAAAAUUCACAUUCGGGACUGAAUGUGCCCCUCUGGAAAUGGGGACCUAUCUGCGGGCGGCUUGGCUUGCGGGUUGAGCGGGACCUGGAAUCCCACCAGGCGUGUGGGUGUGUGCACCACCCCGUUUGGAAAAGGGCCGAUGUCUUUGAAUUAAAGUUUUGCAAUGCUACGUGUCAUCCUCCCGAGUGUCUGCAAGGGGUGCUGGGAAAUCGGAAUCCUGUUGCAGAGGGAGGGGACGCAGCUGCCUAGUUCCUGGGAUGGAUUUGAAGUGUCAGGUGGAUUUUUCAGAAUUACUGUUGACAGUAAAAUGCAAAGAAGUCUUUCCUUACAAUCCUCUGAAAUCACUGAAGGUUUUGUUGGAGGAGCUUUUGGCGUGGGGAGCUCUGUCUCCUUAGUUCAUUGCACGGUUACCGAGUUACCUCUAGAUGCCAGGCAUUGUGAUUGGCAGUUCAUCAGUGCAUGAGAACCUUGACGAUCCUUCGAAGAAUUCCACGACGUCGGCAUGAGGGAUCUAAAAUAGGGCCGCGGUGUGGCUCGGUGGUACGUGAGCUUUGCCUACCAUCCGUGAGUCCCUGGGUUUGAUCCCCAGCACCGCAAAGGAAAAAAAAAAAAAGGUAUAAAAGAAUGUUAU